AUGUCUCGAUUCCUUAAACCUAUCGUAUUGCUCCUUGUAGCAAUCAUUUCUAUCUCUCUCUACCAAGCCAUCAAAAAGUGCAAACAACCCCCUCCAACCCUCUCCGAAAUCAUCAUGUCAUACAUCCAGGAACACCCAUUCAGAUGCGCACUCCAUGCCAUUAACCUACUUACUUUCUUCACCCCCACUACAGCGGGUACCUCAUUCCUCUAUCAAUCAGAUUUUGCUCAUCUCAGGCCUGGAGCACUAUUCAUUGCGUCAAUAUCUCAGAGCAUCUUCGGCAACGUCGCUACCAGAAGUUUGUUUGCGUAUUUGCAGAGUGCUGCUAUGAGUGGGUAUGUUCUUGGUGCUUUUAACAUAGUGGUACGAUCUGUUUCGGGUGUUGGAAGCGUUGUUAGAUUUUGCUGGGGAGGAAAAUCAGUCCGGGGUAAUCAUAUUAGUGCCUGCGUGCAAGAUUUUGUUGGAGAUUUAUCUCUCUGUGUGUUUUUGGUUUUAGCUGUCUGGGUUCUGAUUAAAAUCGGAAUAAUGGGAUACAGAUUACUUCAUGGUGUGAUGCAUCCUGUUGGUAUUCAUACUGAGCAGAUGUUGGGAGAAGCAGGGGAGUAA